CACUCUUGCUAAAUUUUCCUAGCAUCUCCAUCUAGAGGCUUGAGCAUCAAAAGAAAUAUAUGGUGUUUUGGGAGUAGAAACUAUUUUCUCUCAUAAAAAGUAGUAGGGAAACAAAAUCAUGGGUAGACAAGCUCUGUCCAAAAUUCCAGUCAUAGAUUUCUCAAGUGAGGACUUGAAGCCUGGCACAAGUUCUUGGCUCUCAACACGCAAAGCUGUUUGCCAUGCACUAGAAGAACAAGGUUGUUUCGUUGCAGAAAUUGGCAACAGGAUUUCUUUGGAGCUCCAUAACAAAAUCUUUGGCACAAUAGGAGAGUUGUUUGAGCUCCCCACAGAAACCAAGAUGCAAAACACACAUGACAAGCCUUACCGUGGCUACAUCAGUGUUGGUUCAGCCCAUGAAAGCAUGGGGAUUGAUAAGGCAACGUGCCUAGGAGAAAGCCAGAAGUUCACAAAUCUCAUGUGGUCUAAUGGGAAUGAUCAUUUCUGUGAAGGAGUUAAUUUGUACGCAAAAAUAAUGGCAGAACUUGAUCAAAUGGUGACAAGAAUGGUGUUUGAAAACUAUGGUGUUGAGAAAUACUAUGACUCAAACAUUGCAUCAACUGGGUAUGUUAUCCGAUUUGGAAAAUACAAAGAAUAUCAGAAUUAUAAUCCUAAGAAGGGCUUUCCUACUCACACGGACAAGUCCUUCACCAGCAUAGUGCAGCAGCACCGUGUUAAUGCUUUUGAGGUACAGACCAGGGAUGGUGAGUGGAUUGGCUUAGAUCCUAAACCUUCAUCCUUUUUGUACAUGGUUGGUGAUGCAUUUCAGGCAUGGAGUAAUGACAGGUUACAGCCUUGCAAGCAUAGAGUCAUGAUGAAUGGAAACAAGACAAUACAUUUGCUUGGGCUCUUUACAUUCAACGAAGGGACAAUACAUGUACCGGAAGAGCUGGUUGAUGAUGAACACCCUUUACAGUAUGAACCAUUUGAUCACAUUGAUUAUGUUAGAUCAGAAGAAGGUCAGGGAGCUGAGAAUCCUAUCAAAGUUUAUUGUGGUGUUAAUUGACAUCUUUUGCCCCAAAGAAUUUUAUUGUUUUCCAUGUCUGAUAUGCACAGUUUGAAACAACUGACAAAUGGAUAUUCCUAAUCUAUUAUACAAUGAAUAAAAAAUUAUGUUUAUUUCA